UUGUAUAUCAACGAUUGAAAUGUCAGCUGUUAAGUAAGGGGCCUCCUACGACCGUUGACGCUGAACCCGCUUACUGCGGACAGAUUUUUACUCAAGGCUAACUAUCUUUACAGAGAUGGUUUUUACAAAUCUACAGUCAACAAUUCACCGUUGCAACGGAUUUACCAUCUUCAUGGUGCAUUUCUGCGUUGAGUGUGAGCAAAGAAGUGUGAGCACCGUAAUAUAAACGCCUUGCUAGAACGGCUACAGCAAAAUUUCAUAGUGGCAUUUUACCCGACCUGUAUGCAAGCCAGCAAAAGAAUAAGAAGAAAAUACUCCAUUAUUUUCACUUCGACUACGAUGGAUAUUACUUAUCGACAUUACGAUGUUCGGUCAUAAAUCAUUUCCGUAUAUUCAGAUCAUCUCCAAAGCAGUCUCAAUCUUCUGAAUAUGACGUAGCCCACCGUUGACAGACAGCUGACUUUUUUGAUACUUUUAUAACUGGAUUGUGCUUUUCAAAUUCGCUGUCAAAAAGAAAAUGUCACGACGAGAUCCAGACAAUUUGAUGAGUACGAAUGACGAACGAUUCGAUUAUCUGUUUAAAAUAGUAUUGAUAGGUGAUUGUGGUACUGGGAAAACCUGUGUGGUUCAAAGGUUCAGAUCAGGGACGUUUAUUGAAAGACAUGGAAACACGAUUGGUGUCGAUUUUUCGAUGAAAACCGUCUUGGUCGAUGGAAAAAGAGUCAAGCUGCAGAUAUGGGAUACUGCAGGCCAAGAAAGAUUCCGUACCAUCACUCAAAGUUACUACAGGUCAGCGAAUGGUGUUGUCGUAGUUUACGACAUAACAAAACGGUCUACAUUUUUAAGCCUGCAGCGAUGGGUUGAUGAGGUUCGAAAGUAUACAUCAUCUCACGUAAUGCUCAUAUUAGUUGGUAACAAAUGUGAUCUAGAGAGCCUUAGAGAAGUUGAGAAAGGAGAAGCAGAAGCUGUCUCUGAAUAUCUUCCAGAAGUCUUGCAUGUAAUUGAAACUUCUGCCAAAGACAAUACAAACAUUGAUGCUGUAUUUUCAUACUUGGCCUCCGAGUUAAAACGGCGGCAUGAAAAUCGACAAUUCGAUGAUACGUGUGAAGAAACGGUGAAAUUAGGUGGUGGUCGUGAGCUGACUUCCUGUUCUAGUUGCCCCUAUAAACUUCUGUAAAUAGAAACUAUCAUCUAUUGCUGUGCAGCGUAGGGUGGAUGGCAGUCAGGUCAUCGAUAAACAAUAUUUUUGUUGUCUUGCUCAAAGAUGCGUGACCUUGGAAUCAAGAAGGAUAUUAUCAAAUGCUGAUAUUAGUAGAUGUAUCUUAUAUACGUACAUUUUAUAAAAGAGACACGACGAGAAAGAGAGAGGAGUUUGUGAGAUGUCUACUGUCUGUGAGUACAAAUUAUCAAUAUAUUUCGAGCUACAUAUUUUUAUUCAGAAUCAUUAUUUUGUUCAAAAGUCACUAGCUCUCUGUUUUUCUCGUAAUACUAAAUAUACUCUGUAUUAUCUCAGUGACCUGAACAGUCUCAUAAGCUCAGUGCCUUUUACUUUUUACGAGUUGGGAAUAUUUAUGGAAAACUUAAAUCUCAAUUAUUUUUUAAAUGCGCGUAUAAAUCAAUAUCUACAACUCACAAUAGUUGUAUAACGUAAUUACCAAGUUGAUAUUUUCUUUACUUAAACGCGUUUAGACUUUGCAGGAUUCUCUGAUACUAUUGUAUCAGAAGACAAUUACUAUACUAAUACGAUUAACGGUAAUCUAAACAAUUUAGCUUUUCACUAACUGUAAGAAGUUUAAAUAGUAGCCGAAUUAGAAUGUCAUCGUAUACUUUAAAAAACCAACGAACAAUUACAACGAAGCCCAACAAAAUCUAGCCAAAGUAUUUAUAAACAAAUCGUAUUUUUAUACAAACGAAAACGAAUCUACAAUUUUUAUCUAUUUUAAUAGGGAUUUUAAAUGGCGCUUUAGAAUUAUAUAAAAAUUAUUGUAACUAUUGUUAAAAGUAAACGGGUAACCACAUGACAAACGCUUUGCUAAUGGAAUAAAUGCGUACACGUAUCCAAGGAGUGUUGCGCGCUUCUGUGGUUCAGAACACGAAUGGAAAAAGUGUCUGCACAUAAUUAUAGUCGUUUUUCAUUGAAUGUUGUACAUACGCGCUUUCAAAUUUGAAGACACUAAUAUCAUCUGAUAUUGUGGAAGCUUGACUUUUUUACAAGCAUAGAAUAUCGUUUGAAAUCUCACUCCAUCGUCUUUCAUUUAUUUCUAAGAUAGUGAAACUGGUAAACAAUGGAACUUGUUUUCAAUGAAUUGGAUACUAGUUACGCAUGUAUACAUAUAGUAUAGUAUACUAACUUGUAACAAUACGAGAUUUUGUUAAUAAAUUAUUCAUUUUUUAUGCAAUAUAUGAAGUUUUGAGAUUGCAAAAUUUACCUGUAAUUUGAAUAUACGUAUCUAUAUAAACGUUAAUAAAAAGGAAAAAAAAAAUAGAA